GUUGGACAACAAAGAUGGCAGGAGGAAAUAGCAAUUACUGGGAAGAUCUGCGGAAGCAGGCCCGGCAACUUGAAAACGAGCUAGACCUGAAGCUCGUUUCCUUCAGCAAGCUAUGCACGAGUUACAGCAGCUCACGCGAUGGCCGUAGAGGAGACAGUUUUGCUCACUCUCUGGCCUCUAGUUCUGAUACAACACCCCUCCUUAACAACUCGACCCAGGACAGAAUGUUUGAUACCAUGUCAGUGGAGAUUGAGCAGUUACUGGCAAAGCUCACAGGAGUUAAUGACAAGAUGGCAGAAUACACCAGUGCACCCGGUGUGUCGUCCCUUAACGCUGCACUGAUGCACACUCUCCAGAGACACAGAGACAUCUUACAGGACUACACACAUGAAUAUCACAAAACCAAAGCAAACUUUUUGGCUUUCAGGGAAAGAGAGGAUCUCUUGGGAUCUGUUAGAAAAGAUAUUGAGACGUACAAGAGCGGCUCAGGGGUCAACAACAGAAGGACAGAACUUUUUCUGAAAGAACACGAGCAUCUGAGAAACUCAGAUCGACUUAUUGACGACACAAUAAGCAUUGCCAUGGCAACCAAGGAGAACAUGACCUCUCAGCGGGGCGUGCUGAAGUCCAUACAAAGCAAGGUCAACACUCUGACCAAUCGUUUCCCAGCCAUCAAUAACCUCAUCCAGCGAAUCAACCUGAGGAAGAGACGGGACUCGUUAAUUCUGGGCGGAGUCAUCGGCGUCUGCACCAUCCUGCUACUGCUUUACGCAUUUCACUGACAGAUAACGGGAGACGUCCGGUCACCCUUUUUUUGUUUUGGCAGGGGGCGG